CCACUCUAUAUAUCAAUCUAUUCAACCCCAACAGAUUCCACCCCGAAACUCUACCCGCCACCACUUCCUCCACUCCUCCUCCUCCUCCUCCUCCUCCUCGUCGUACCUCUGCAACUCUAAUCCCACUCACAUGUCUGCCUUCUCUUCCUCCUCUUCCUCCUCCACUGUCCUCAACCUCGCUGACGAUCCGCUCCGCCCGCCCCGCCUCCCCCCUGCCACGCUCCUCAUGCCCGACUCCGCCGACAACGACCAGGCCGCCUCCUUCUCUCCCACCCCAGCCCGCGAACGCCGAAUCGUCGUCUCCCACCGUCUCCCCCUCCUCGCCGUCCCCGACCCCGCCGCCUCCUCCGGCCUCGCCUUCUCCCCCGACCGCGACGCCCUCGCCCUCCAGCUCCGCGCUGGACUCCCCUCCGAAGCCGACGUCCUUCGCGUUGGCACCCUCCCAGCGGCCGUCGACCCAGCCCACCAUGCUGACCUCUCCCGCCAGCUCUAUGCCCGAUUUCGAUGUCUCCCUGUCUUCCUCCCACCGGACCUCCACCAGCGCUUCUACCAUGGCUUCUGCAAGCACUAUCUCUGGCCGCUCCUCCACUACCUCCUCCCUCUUUCCCCCUCUUCCCUCGGCGGCCUCCCUUUUGAUCGCGCCCUCUGGCUUUCUUACCUUUCCGCCACCAAACUCUUCGCCGAACGCCUCAUCGAGCUUCUCAAUCCGGAUGAGGAUUUCGUGUGGAUCCACGAUUACCACCUCCUCGCGCUCCCGACUUUUCUCCGCAGGCGAUCUCCCCGCGUAAAGCUCGGAUUUUUCCUCCAUUCACCCUUCCCUUCUUCCGAGAUAUUUCGCUCAAUCCCCGUCCGCGAUGAGCUCCUCCGUGCCCUCCUCAACUGUGAUCUUGUUGGCUUCCACACCUUCGAUUAUGCUCGCCACUUCCUCUCUUCAUGCUCCCGAUUGCUUGGUCUCGAUUACCAGUCCAAGAGAGGAUAUAUCGGGAUCGAGUACUAUGGGCGCACGGUCACCAUCAAGAUCCUUCCGGUCGGCAUCGACUUAGGUCAGCUUGAAUCGGUACUAUCUUCUUCUGAGACGAUCGCCAAGAUCCAGGAGCUUAAGGACAGGUAUAAAGACAAGAUCUUGUUGCUCGGGGUGGAUGACAUGGACUUAUUCAAAGGUAUUGGGUUGAAGUUCUUGGCGAUGGAGCAAAUGUUGGAAGAACAUCCGGAAUUAAGGGGACGGGCCAUCCUGGUCCAAAUUGCCAACCCGGCCAGGAGCCAGGGCAGAGAUGUGCAGGAGGUCCAAGGAGAGGCUCAAGCAAUCACGAGGAGGAUCAAUGAGCGGUUUGGCAAGCCAGGGUAUGAACCUGUUGUGUUGAUAAAUCGAAGAAUGCCAACUCAUGAGAAGGCAGCAUUCUACGCCUUGGCUGAAUGCUGUGUGGUGAAUCCUGUGAGGGACGGAAUGAAUUUGGUGCCUUACAAGUACACAGUAUCUAGGCAGCGGAGCGCUGCUCUGGAGGGUGCUGUGAAGAAAAGCAUGAUAGUAGUUUCAGAAUUCAUUGGCUGUUCACCAUCCCUUAGCGGAGCAAUUCGGGUAAAUCCAUGGAAUGUGGAUGCUGUGGCAGAGGCAAUGUUUUUAGCCAUCACAAUGCCAGAGAUAGAGAAGCAAUUGCGGCAUGAAAAACACUACAAGUAUGUGAGCUCGCAUGAUGUUGCUUACUGGGCAAGGUCUUUUGAUCAGGAUUUACAGCGAGCUUGCAAAGACCACUUCCUUAGGAGAUGUUGGGGUAUUGGCUUUGGAAUGAGUUUCCGAGUUGUCGCUCUAGGUCCUAAUUUUAGGAAGUUGUCAGUUGAGCAUAUAGUAUCAGCAUACCAGAGGAUGAACAGUAGGCUCAUUUUGCUUGAUUAUGAUGGUACAAUGAUGCCUCAGACUUCUAUUGAUAAAAAACCAAGUGAUGAGGUUAUUGCAAUUUUGAAUGAAUUGUGCAGUGACCCGAAGAAUGUAGUUUUUGUGGUCAGUGGAAGAGGCAAGGAUGAAUUGAGCAAGUGGUUUGCUCCCUGUGAGAAGUUGGGAAUCUCUGCAGAACAUGGCUACUUCACAAGGUGGAAUAAGGAUUCUCCAUGGGGGUCAUUCACCCUAGCUAUUGAUUUUGAUUGGAAAAAAAUUGCAGAACCUGUAAUGCAGCUGUACACUGAGGCAACAGAUGGAUCCUACAUUGAGUUCAAAGACACUGGCUUAGUUUGGCAUCAUCAAUAUGCUGAUCCAGAUUUUAGCUGUUGUCAGGCUAAAGAACUCCUGGAUCACCUAGAAAAUGUGCUUGCUAAUGAACCUGUGGUUGUGAAAAGAGGCCAACAUAUAGUUGAAGUGAAGCCCCAGGGGAUAAGCAAAGGUGUAGUUGUUGGAAAUCUUUUGCAGACCAUGUCAAGCACUGGAAAGCGUCCAGAUUUUGUAUUGUGCAUCGGUGAUGAUCAGUCUGAUGAAGAUAUGUUCGAGAGCAUUGUUAGUUCUGCAAAUAAUGUGUUGCUGCCAGCAAGUGAUGAAGUGUUUGCUUGCACAGUUGGUAAGAAGCCGAGCAAGGCAAGGUAUUAUCUUGAUGAUACAGUUGAGGUCAUAAAAAUGCUCCAAGGCCUAGCUCAUGUAUCAACACAGCCAGAUAAAAAUGCAUACCUGGGAGUGUCAUUUGAGGAUUCUCUAUAAAGGAAUAAUAUGCUCUCUUUCUGGCAAGCGCUGGUUACCCUGGUUACCGAUGUCGAUAUAUUUAUCCAAGCAUGAUCAACAUUUAGCCAAGUUGGGCAAAGAAUGCAGGAAACAGCUACGCUGACAGUCAAAUGAUACACGAUCUUUUUUUAAAGCGACAAGGAAUUCCAUACAGUUUCAAUUACACAAACAUAACUGGUAGAAAAGCAUUAGUUCAUCCUUUUUUAUUGUAAAUAUGUUCUAAACUAUUUGUUUUUCUUCUAUUUGCUCUCCUCUGUAGAUUUUAACAGCUAUGAGCUUGAUAUCAGGCUCGAUGUUUUGAAGGGGCUCGAUUGGUUUUCGGGUUACAAUGAUCUCUGCAAACCUGUAAAGCCAUCUGAUGCUUCUCUUUCUAACUGCCACAGAUGGAUUACCUUAUCAUCGUCUUCCGAGGUCUUCCGCGGUUAUAGUGCAGCGGAAGGAUCUCAGUUUAUGAUGCAUUUUUCAAAAACAAACCCUCCAAAUGGGGUGCAGUCAUGGGAUACGGGGCUGGUUGCCAUGAGCACUGGAUGUUACAGUUAAUUUGCCUCUGUUUCUACCUGAUUUCUCGAUGGAAUUCGUUAUUUGCUUCUGUUUAUGAUCUCGAUUUCUCCUGUUAGUUUGCACCAAGAGGUCCUCUACACACAUAGUUGUGGAUGUUAAGUUUUCCCUUGUCUCUCUCUCUGAAUGAUUUAAGUUGACACUUGAUUGACUCUACGUGGCUAUGGCUUGAUCGUUGUUCUUCAACUGUUGCUAUGAUUAAUUGGCCGGCUGGAGAAUCGUGAGGAGCUACAACUCUAUUAUUGGUAAUUAUUAUUGUUUUGAUGGGAUGCCUGACUUGAGGGAGUUGGGGAUUAUGAAUUGACAGUUAAUUCUAAUGCUCGGCUUGAUAAUUCAAAUUUUGUCCAAUUAAUUUUAGA